GGCGUUCUGCUGAGAUAUUAUCUUGUUGUUUUGGAGUGUGUUUUCCUGUUUCUUUUCACAAGUUCAGCAUGUAAAUCUGUAUAAAUAUGAGCAGUAUAUACAUCCAUUCUACAGAAACUGCUUCAGCUGUCUGUUUUGGAUAGUAUCAGUUCGUCAGGAUGCGUCUGUUCCUCGUCCUCCUGCUCGUGGCCCUGGUGGUGCUCCCGGAGUCGGACGCCUGGAGAAGGUGGAGGAUCCGGAUCCGGGGUCGUCGAAUUCUUCGAGCCGCUGGACGGCUUUACGGUUUUUACAAUCGAUACCGACACUUCAUCAAGCCAAUUUUCGGCAAGCGGAAUGUUGACGACAUUGACAAGAACAAGGAUGGCAACAUUGACCAAUCAGAAGCUGAGCAACUGAUGGAAAGACAGGCAGCCGAGGAUCUACUUUCACUUGCUGAUGAAAAUGGUGAUUCGAACGUGAGUGUGGAAGAGUUCUCGAGAAGCAUCCAUGACUUCAUGACCAUUGAUGCAGAUCCGGCUUUGCAGAAGGAGCUCCGCGAGGCCCACGAGGAUGCAUUUGAAGAUGACGCUGAGUAAUCCUCCCGAUCAACACGUUGAUGAAUUGAUUUCAAUAAAUCAUUCUAGCAAACGUAUAA